AUGAAUAAUUCACCUGAUGAAUCUGAUUCUGAUUCAGGUGAUGAUGAUGAUGAUGAUGAUGAUGAUGAUGAUGACAGUAUUUAUAUGCUUGAUUCGUUUGAUGCAUCUGAAUCAUCAGAAGAUGCAGCCGAAGAUAACGAAGAACAACGAUAUUUAACUACGGCUAACGAUCAACUGCAUUCCUACGCAGCAAAUAAAACUGCAGAUGCUUGUAUACAACUAUUAAAGUUAUUGCGUGAUUCUCAAAUAAGUAUUAUUGUUGGUAGCGUACCCAUAAAAUACAACGUUUUUUAUUAUGGAAUAAUUGCUGAUUGUUCUGCUCUGUCACUUAUUCUCAACUUCAUUAGUCAUACAGGAUAUUUCUGCUGCUUUUAUUGCUUUAUAAAAGGUAAACAUGAUCGAAGAUGUAGAAAACGUCAAUAUAUUUAUUCAGAUCCUGUUUGCGCUCGUGAUCCUACAUCGUUUAACAAUCAUAGUCAAUUAGCUGAGUCAAAUAAAUUGAAAGUGUAUGGUCACCAUGGCAGAAGUAUAUUAGAUGGGAUUAUUGACAUACCACUUCCAUAUGCUAUAAUUUGUGACUAUCAACAUGUUAUCUUAUUACGCCAUUUCCGUGACGUAAUUAAAGCAAUUUCUUGUUCAUUACCAACAAAAGUUCGUAAACAAAUUGAGCAAAACCACUUUGCUGAAAUUUAUCAGCGUCACGGUUCAUUAGCUUAUAUAAAUACUUUUUCACAGGUGGAUUUUAUUGGCUACAUAUCAAGCAAUCGAAAUGGUAAGUAUCAAAUUGGCGGAACUCGACAUUUGGGAGAUUUAAUAUUGCAUUAUUACAAUAUUGAUAUGUACCUCAGCAAUCAUAAAUCAACAACUUCAUCAUCAAGCAUUAAUCAAGGGUUAGAUAUCGUUUUAGAUACACAUUAUUACAAAGAUAGAAUGAUUGUUCUACAGCACGCUGUUUGUUCAUGUUCAUCGAUAGAGUCUUGUAUCAAAUUUUUUAAAAGAUGUGCAAAACAUGGUUAUAUAUAUCACUCUUUACUGUAUAAAAAAGGAGGAAAUUCGAACAAUCUCUUUGUACAAUUUUCAAAUAAUGGUAUUGAUUUAGAAUUUGGCGAAAUAGCAAUUUUUUUCCAACAGAAGGACAAUCUAUAUGCGUGUAUUAGAAAAUACAAUUCUAAAUAUCCAUUUAGUGCUUAUUUUGAAAAAUCAAAAUUUUAUAAUAUACUUCAUGAGCCACUAGAGAUUGUAAAACAUUGUGUUGUUUUUCUUGCUGAUGAUGACAAGAAUUGUGUUAUUGUAACUCCGAUAUCUUUUUACGAUGAACAUGAUUAA